AGUAUUUGACUUCCAUUUCGUUCGCAGUUCAUUUGUCGCAACACAACAGCAUUUUAGCACCAUGAGCGGACCAAUAUUCGGUAGCAGCAAUGCCCUUGGUGGAAGUUCCGGAGGAAAUCGACAUCUUGUCGAAUUCCGUGCAGGACGGAUGAAUAUGGUAAACAAAAUGGUCCACCCGGACAACCGAAAAGGAUUGGUUUAUGUGUAUCAAGCGGAGGAUGGCUUAAUUCAUUUCUGCUGGAAGGAUCGUACCUCUGGUACUGUUGAGGACGACUUAAUCUUAUUUCCUGAUGAUUGUGAAUUUAAAAAGAUCGAAUAUGCCAAGAAUGGUCGGGUGUAUGUGUUGAAGUUUAAGUCUUCCAGCCGAAGGCUGUUUUUCUGGAUGCAAGAACCGAAAACAGAUCGUGAUGAUGAAUGGUGCCGUCGAAUCAAUGAAGUGAUCAAUAAUCCGCCUUCCGGUAACAGCAUUGGUUCUGGUGGAAGAAAUGGUGGUAAUGAUAAUGGAGAUUUACAAUACAUGUUGAACAACAUGUCACAACAGCAAAUAAUGCAAUUGUUCGGCGGUGUAGGACAAAUGGGCGGAUUGAGCAGCUUGUUAGGAUCUAUGACUCGUUCAUCUUCUGGGAAUUCGAGCAGUCGCACCAGUGCCGCAACUCCAUCUAACCGCAGCAGUAAUUUGUCAUCCGGUAACAAUGGUAAUGGAGGCAGUAAUACCACACCUACUGUGGCGCUGAAUACACCAUCUACACCACGAGCACCUAAAAAGAAUGCUGGAACCGCUAAACCGAACCCCACUGUUACGACGUCAGACGAUACUCCCACUUCGAGGACUGCUGGUAACGCUAGCGGUUCAGCUGCAUCAGACGGGGUUUCAAGAAUCUUGCUUUCGGACCUGCAGAACUACCUAUCCGGAAUUAAUGCCACAAGCGUAGACGGAAGCGGUCAGCGACACAAUAUCGAUCUUGCUUCUGCUGUCAAUUCUCAAACAUUGGCAUCUAUUAUCGCGGACCAAGAGAAAGUGGAUGCGCUAGUUGAACACUUACCUCAGCUAGAAGGCGAUGAAAGCAAGAAGGAACAACUGAAGGAAACCAUCUCUUCGCCCCAAUUCCAGCAAGCGCUUUCAAUGUUUUCUAACGCUUUGCAAUCAGGCCAGCUAGGACCGGUCGUUUCACAGUUUCAGCUUAAUCCUGAAGCUGUAGCUGCUGCUAAUUCGGGUGAUUUAGAACAGUUUGUAAAAGCGUUAGAAAACAGCGGUAAAACACCGACUGAUGAGACUGGUCCAACCAGCAGCAAGCAGUCCACCGCAGCAAGCGGCGAUCAACAGAAAGCUUCCGAGACGACGCAGGAAGAGAAUGGUCAUGGCAAAUCACAAAAAAAGGAUCAUGAUGAUGAGAUGACUGGAUAGAGGAGCCGUAUCUCCGAUUAGGUCAAUACAAUCAGGGCUUCAUGGCCAAAAUAGCGAUCGCACCGUAAGCAAGUGCGGUUCUUUAUCUUUUUCAUGUUUUAGGCUUUCCACCUCUGCUUCUUCUACAUUGUAAUCCAAAAUAAAUUCAAGAGGUUUGGCAUUAUUCUUUUCUUUUAUUCGAAAAAAGAAACAAAACAAUU